GAGUGUGCACUUGGUGUUUGUUAGAGUUAGAAAAUGGCGGAAGCAAUUUCUCAGGAAGAAGACUCUUUCACAUGUCCAGUGUGUCUGGAUCUGCUGAAGGAUCCAGUGGCUAUUCCCUGUGGACAUAAUUUCUGUAUCAGGUGCAUUGAGGGCUGCUGGGAUCAGGAGGACCAGAAAGGAGUCUACAGCUGCCCCCUGUGCAAACACACCUUCACUCCCAGACCUGUCCUCUACAAGAACCCUCUGAUUGCUGAAAUGGUGGAGAAAUGUAGGAGGAUCAGAAUCCAAGCUGCUCCUCACAAUUAUGCUGGACCUGGAGAUGUGGAGUGUGACGUCUGCACUGGGAGAAAACUCAAAGCUGUGAAGUCCUGUCUGGAGUGUCUGGUGUCUUACUGUGAAACUCAUUAUAAAGUUCACAAUGAAGUUAAUCCUGGACGAAAACACUCAGUGAUUGAUGCCACAGGCCCGCUACAAGAGAGAAUCUGCUCUCGUCAUGAGAAGGUUGUUGAGAUAUUUUGUCGUACCGAUCAGAGUUGUAUCUGCCUUAUGUGUCUGAUGGACGAUCAUAAAGGCCACGACACAGUCACAGCUGCUGCAGAAUGGACUAACAAACAGAAGCAGUUGGGGCAGAAUCAGAGGAGAUUCCAGCAGAGAAUCCAGGAGAGAGAGAAGGAGCUGCAGGAGCUGAGGAAGGCUGUGGAGACUCUCAAGGGCUCUGCACAGACAGCAGUGGAGGACAGUGAGAGGAUCUUUACUGAGAUGAUCCGCUCCAUUGAGAGAAGGCGCUCUGAGGUGAAAGAGCUGAUCAGAGUUCAGGAGAAGGCUGAGGUGAGUCGGGCUGAAGGACUCCUGAAGAGAAUGGAGCAGGAGAUUGCUGAGCUGAAGAGAAGAGAUGCUGAGCUGGAGCAGCUUUCACACACAAAAGAUCACAUCCAUUUCCUCAAGAAUGUCCCAUCAAUCAAAGAGUCUCCUCACUCUAAAGACUUACCCAGCGUGACCUUCAAUCAGAGUCUCUCUUUUGAGGCUGUGAAGGAAUCUGUGUCUGCAGUGAGGGUGCAGCUGGAUGGCAUCUUCAAGCAGGAAGCCGCCAAGAUAUCUGCAGCAGUGACACAUAUCCAGAUCAUCCAGUCUUUAGAAUGCAGGUCUGUCAAAAUUGCAUUCCCUUCUACAGUUGAGAUAAAAAAAAAGGGUACUGAUCCUGAACUCCCAGUCAGAAGAACUCACAGUAAGGAACGUCUGCCACCUGCUAUGUCUGAUGUCCAGGCUGUUUAUCCUGAAUCAGUGACCAGAGAGGAGCUCUUGCGGUAUUGCUGUCACUUCACACUGGAUCCAAACACAGCACACAGAAACCUCUAUCUGUCUGAGGGGAACAGGAGGGUGGAGUGGAGACAUGGGCUCCAGUCAUAUCCUGAUCAUCCAGAGAGAUUUGAUGGGUUGCCUCAGGUGCUGUGUAGAGAGGGUGUGUCUGGACGCUGCUACUGGGAGGUGGAGUGGAGUCAGGGGGUUCGUAUAGCAGUCUUAUAUAAAAGCAUCAGCAGGAAAGGAGUGGGUAAUGAUUGUGUGUUUGGACUUAAUGGUCAGUCCUGGAAUCUGUACCUCAGCAGUUUAAGCUCCUUUUUCUGGCACAAUAAGAAAAAGACUGAACUCCCUCCAGUGCACAGCUCCAAAAUAGGAGUGUAUGUGGAUCACAGGGAAGGAACUCUCGCCUUCUACAGCAUCACUGACACAAUGACCCUCCUGCACAGAGUCCAGACCACAUUCACUCACACACUCUACCCUGGAUAUUAUAUAUGUAGUGGAUCUUCAGUGAAGUUAUUGUGACUCACAUAUACAAAUGCUCAUAGUAAUGCUACACACACACAUACAUCCAUUCAUAUCACAUCUCAGCACAUAUAAAGUGUCACACAGGUACCCCUUAGUCCAGACCACAUUCACUCACACAGCUGUUGUGACCCACACUGUAUAAAGAUGGACAGAAAUGUAAAGACCCCAGAUGCAGAUAGAUGCUGUUACCACAUCCACACAGACCCCCAUAAACACAUCCCAUCUCAUCAGCACACACAUAAGCCACCACUCACAUGUAAGAAUCUGGCAGCUGCCUGAGAUUCUCUGUUGUUGGGGAAAACAAAAGCCCAAAAGCACUCCCUCAUCUCUGGACCCCAGCAGAUAUUACAGCGUCUGCACCCCUGGACCUCUGCUGGAACACACAUCAGCACACCACACAUACACUAUUGGGUGGGACAUGUGUUGAGGAGCCCAGUGUUUCACCCCCUCUGAUCCUCUCCCACAGUCCACUUCCUCUCCCUCCUGCCCCCUCCUGC